CUCGCACCGGUCUCGUCAUGGCGAGACACCUUCGCUUCGUAGCUCGGACAGUGAUGGUUCAAGAGGGCAACGUUGAUGCUGCGUACUCAACUUUAAACAGGAUCUUGUCCCAGGAUGGGAUUAUUGAAACAGUGAAGCGCAAGCGCUACUACGAGAAGCCCUGCCGAGAGCGACAGCGGAAGAACUUUGAGGCCUGCAAACGAAUCUACCACACUGAAAUGGCAAGGAAGAUUGCCUUCAUCUCCAGGACAAACAGAGAGGACCCCUGGGUGGGUUGCUAGUGAAAUGGAACAUGAUAAAAGAGCGAUUUUAUCAGUGGACUGGUUAAGACGGACGCCAGCAAAGUGGAAGAAGUGAACAGAAUCAACACAAUGUCACCAUCAUGUCUGAAUGAAAAGUAACUUUCAUGUUUUGGCUUGUUUAGUAGAAAGAAGACUCAUGUUUUUUUAUGUUAUUUUGUUUGUGCUUGAAGAGAAAUAUUCACACUUGGUUAUUUGAACAUUUUAUUGUCUUUCCACAUCAUCUUAGUGAAGAAGCCAAUAAAUGUAUAACAUGUUCUAAAAAAAACUGCAGUUGGUGAA